AUGGCCGCCAACACCCCGGCAGAGCGGCGGCAGGCCUCGCGCUUCGCAGCGACGAUCGUUGUCAUGCUGUCCCUCCUGCACGCGACCGCUGCCUUCAACGCUGGUGCGCUCACCGGCGUGCCAGCGAACAACUACGACCCCUACUGCGCCAUGGCGUGUAUUCGUUCACUCAACGGGCUUUUGCUGAGCUGUUCGAGCACGCAGGGCAGCGGCGGCAUGAUCGGCAUGGUGGGUUUUGCGACCUCGUCGGCAUGCUGGGCUAGCGACACGCCGUAUCUGACGAGCCUGGCCUACUGCAUGACGGUCCAGUGCGCCGUCGACGAGUUCAGCCGCGGCGAGGACAUUCCGGCCUCCAAGCUCGAGUGGUUCUGGGAGACGGAGGCGACGGGCCAGAUCGCGGCGGGCGCGCCCACGGUGACGCCCAAGUGGACGUACGCCCAGGCACUGGUCGAGGCGCAGGCGGUCGUGUCGAAUGCGUCGGCCAGCGGCGGCCUGCCUGCGCUCGCGGCCAAUGCUACAUGGCUCAACACGACGUCGCUGGUGUCGCCGGCCGUCUACCGCGCGCAGUGGAACGUUCUGGUCGCCGUGCAGGAGGAGACGAGCAAGGAGAACAGGUACGGCAUCGCCUUGUUGUCCGUCGGGGUGCUUCUGCCCAUCGUCUGCACGGCCCUCGCCAGCAGCAGCCUGGUGCCGUCGUCCGUCCACCGGCUCGUGCACCGCCUCAAGCCGCACCUCGUCUGGCCCAGCACCAUGGGCACGUACAGCGUGCGGCCCUUGCCCUACGGCCUCGGCAAUGCACCCACGCGCGGACAGGCCCUGUACAUUGGCCUGUUUGUCGCUCUCAACGUCGUCCUGACGUCGGUCAACUACCGCGCGCGCCAGCCCAGCGCCUGGUUCCUCAACACAAGCCGCGAGAUCGCCGCGUACAUCCUGUACCGCACGGGCGAGCUGGGGUACAUCCUGCUGCCGCUGGUGUUUUUGUUUGGCUCCCGCAACAACGUCUUGCUGCUGGUGCCCGGCGCCGCCGGCUGGAGCCACGCCACGUACCUGGUGCUGCACCGCUGGGUGGCGCGCGUGUUUGCGCUGCAGGCCAUCCUGCACUCGGUCGUCGGGCUCGUGCUGUACAAGCUCAACGGCGUGUACGAUGCGGAGUCGGUCAAGCCCUACUGGAUCUGGGGCAUCGUGGCCACGGUCAUGGUGGUCCUCCUGACCUUUGGGCUGAGCGGGUCCUACGCGCGCGCCUGCGCCUACGAGCUGUUCCUGGCCGCCCACGUCGUGUUCUCGGCGCUGCUCAUCGUCGGCUGCUGGUACCACGCGUACGACCUGUACAAGUUCUUGGGCGGCGUGGUGGAUUUCCUCUAUGCGGCCGUGGCCGUGUGGUUCUUUGACCAUGCCCUCCGCGUCCUGCGGGUGGUCGGCUUGCUCGGCGCGCGCCGGGCCCGUGUCACGGAGCUCGGCGGCGCCAGCGACAUUGUGCGCGUCGACGUGCCCGGGGUGCGCUGGACGAGCUUUGAUGCGCUGGGCAAGCACGUCUACGUAUACCUGCCGACGCUGACACCGUGGCGGCCGUGGGAGAACCAUCCGUUCUCGAUUGUGCCGACGGCGCUGGUGGGGCGUUCCGGCCUCGGACAGUCCGUUCGAGGCAGCGACGACAUGGAGAAGAUGGGCAGCCUGGUCCAGGCGGUGGCGGUCGACGGCGCGUCUUUGCCGUCUCGGUCGGGGCCAGCGUCUGUCUCGGCGGCGACAGCCAGCUCGGGGCCCGGGCCCGGGCCCGAUACAGCCGGCGUCACUCUCUACAUCCGCCGCGCCAACGGCGCCACGCACCGCCUCGCCGCCCACCCGUCACUCUUUGUUCUGCUGGAAGGCCCCUACGCCAACACGGGCACGGCGACGGCGACGAAUGCGCUCCUGCGCUGCGACCGCCUGCUGCUCAUCGGCGGCGGCAUCGGCAUCACGGCGCUGCUGCCCUACCUGGCGUGCCACGCGAAUGCCAAGCUGGCCUGGAGCCUGCGGGAGGCGGCACGGCCCCUGCUCGACGACCUGUCGGCGCUGCUGGACGCCCGCGGCGACGUGGACGACAUCCGCGUGGGCCGUCGUCUGGAUGCGGAGCAGCUGCUGGCCGACGAGGCCGGUGCCGGCUGGGGACGCAUCGGGGUGGUCGUGUCUGGGCCCGGCGGGCUCUGCGACAGCGUGCGGGCCCGUGUUGUGGACCUGGCCAAGGCGACGCCCGGCACGACGUUUGAGCUGGAGGUGGAGGCCUACUCGUGGUAG